CUGUUUAAUUAUAUAGAUAGAUCAAUGACUCUUCGAGUCCCUUAUAUAAGUAAAGAAAAAGUCAGAAGCUAUCAUAUUUCUCUACGGAUCGGUUCAUAACAGAAAAAUGGAAGCUGUGCCCGAAGAAUACGAAAAGUUUCGUCCCAGGAUAUUCCCUCAAUACAUAAAAGAUACGAUCGAUCGACAUUUCCCAUUGAUGGAUUGGACAGAUGAUGACGUGAUAUUAGACAUAGGCUGUGGGCAAGGUAAAUCCACAAAGCAGAUUCUCCUGCCGAAAUGCCCGAAAAUUAAAAAGAUUGUAGCCAUAGAUAUCGUGCCGAAUCUUCUAAACUACGCUCGUAGCAAUUACCACGAUGAUAAAAUCGAAUACAAGGAGCAGAACAUCGUGGACAGAAUCGAAACGGAGGAUAUUGCAAAAUACGAUAAGAUAUUUUCAUCUUACGCACUAAAUUAUAUCGGCGAUUAUAAUAAGUUAUUCGGUAACAUCUCUCAAGUUUUGAAACCCGGUGGUUAUUUCUGUAUCUUAAUAGCUGCCAAAGCUCCGGUUUACUCGACUCUAAGAGAUUUGGCCAAACAUAGAGAUUGGAGGCUUUACAUAAAGCCGGAAGAAGUGUUAGCAACAAUUCCUCCGACCCACGAUUGGGAAGAUGUGGGAAAUGACUUCAGGCAAUUUGUAUCCAAGUUCGGAUUGAAUGCAAUUGAAAGUAAUUACGAAAUUGUCGAUGUUCCUUUCACUUGUAGAGAACACUUCAUGAGGAUGAUGGAAGUGGUAUGUCCGAAACAACUAUUCGAAGGAUUGUCACCCGAAGUAAGAAAGAGACUCUGGACACAAAGUGAGAACCACUUCUUUAAAUACGGAGUCAGAGAAACUGAAGAUGAAGUAAUUUGGCCCGUGGGACUUUUAGCUGCUUGUGGCCAAAAACGUUAUUCAUAAAUUACUUUUAAAAAUUCAAUAUAAUUGUAACCGAUUUAUUCGUUGUACUCGGGACGUAAAUUAAUUAAAUCUCGAAUGUA